AGAAGAGCGUUGAUUUGUUUAUGUUUAGCCAAAGGCGAGAGUCUCACGGAGGCUGUGCUGAGACACCUGACCAACAUCCUGGAGCUACUGGCCGUGUCUCAGACGGAGCGCGUCAGUGAGUGGGACAGUAACACCGCGCUCCAGGGGGUUUCAGUGGGCUUCCAGCCCAACCCUGCGGUCCGCUCCGCGCUCGAGGCCGGUCUGAGCGACACCAGCCAGCGCCUGCGGGAAACUCUGCCGUCGUGCUCUCCAGUCACGUUCUCUGAACUGGCCCAGUGUCAGCACACGCUGCUCGUUCAUUUACUCAGAGACCCUUGCGCUCCCAAAUCCGCUGUCCAGGAGAUUUUAGAUCCCCAAAAGGCUGCACAGGAAUCUCAGUUUGACCAAAACAUCCUCAUGACGUGCAAAUCAGUGUUUAAUCUGCUGUGCCGCACGCUGGGCAGGACUGGUCAUGCUGGGGUACAGGCUGAACCUCUUGAACUCUGUAAUGAUGAGUAUGCGAGAACACUGCUGGAUUCCAUCCUUCAAGACAGCGCGGGAAACCCGGAGGGCCUUUAUGACGUCAUAGCAGCUGCGUUCCAUUUUCCCGAUGACGAAACGAGCUCCGUCACUCAGCGCUGUGUCCUCUCCUGGCUGCGAGAGCACGAGGGAUGUUUGAGUAAAGUGUGCAGGUCGGUCCUCUCCCGACAGUCUCGCGAGUUUAAGCAGGCAUACUGGGGGGUUUUGAAACGCUGGGCGUCCUGCUUGGAGUAUGACGUCUUGGAGAGUCUAUGGGUGCCGACAUCAGAUGAGCCGCUCACCUUUAAUGCACUGACUGAUCGAUUCAAAGAGUUAUUAAAUUCAGGGCUACCAUUAAAAGAGGAGACAGAAACUGAACUCAGAACACUCAAACGGGAAGCUGGAGACUUUGAUGUAACAGGCAUUAAUAUUUGGACUGAUCUAAUCAUUCAGCUAAAGCUGUAAAUACAUCAGAUCGGAAGUUAAUUCAACACUAUUAUUUAUUUAUUUAACAUUUGAUAUGAAUUUAACUAAUGAAAAUGUUAUAUUUGAAGACAGAAGGGUGUGCGUUUUUUUCCACACGUUUUAUAAUUAUUUAAAUAUUUUUAUAUUUUAACAAUGGUUUUAUAAUUUACAUUUCUGAUUUUUUUCCCCUCAAAAAAUAAAUAAAUAGAGAAAAGGAACAACAGCCCUCUGCCUCAGUCUCCCAGCAGACAGAGGGCGACAGUGCUCUUCACACCAUCAGUCAUGUGCUUUAUCUAAUGACUGGGUUCCUCCUGGUAUUUUAUUUACAGCUGAAUAAUUAAUAAAGCUCUUAAACAGUAUCUGUUACAGUUGUUAUGUCUGAAGUUUCUGUAUUUCCUGAGGAAUUAUUUCAUGUGAGUAAAUCAGUGAUAUUCUGCCUCAUUAAAUACCUCUGGAGAUGCAUAA